AUGGGAACUACGAUGAAGCCUGGCGGGACAGGGACCACGAUGAAACCUGCUAAAAUAGACGUUAGAUUACCACUACACAUGGAACCCAUCCAUUAUGAUGUGGAACUUCAACCAAACAUGUACAAUAAUAAACCGGAAACGUUUACAUUUAAUGGUUAUGCAAGAAUCCAUAUGAAAUGUGUUGCAGCAAGUAACAAUGUCACGCUACAUAUCAACAAACUUAAUAUCACCGACGGCUCCAUGAAGUUCGGACGACAAGAUAUGAGUGCAGCUCCAGGAAUCUCUUCUUGGACCAUUGACAAAGAACGACAGUUCCUGAUAAUAUAUUUAAAUGAUAAUAUGGAAGAGAAUAAAGAAUACUAUGUUGAGAUGAGAUUUGUUGGACCACUGAAAGAUGAUUUAGCAGGUUUAUAUCUUAGUACUUAUGAGUACCAAAAUGUUACGAAGUACAUGGCUACUACACAACUACAACCAACUGAUGGAAGACGAGUUUUUCCAUGUUUUGAUGAACCUGCGAUUAAAGCCACAUUUAAUACGACAUUGGUUAGAAUGAAUACAACUAAAUCUAUUUCCAAUAUGCCUAUAACAUCCACUCAGCCAAGAUAUAUGGCGACGUCUAUGUUAGCUCCAAUUGAAGGUCGAAGAAUUUUCCCAUGUUUUGAUGAACCUGGCAUAAAAGCUUCCUUCAAUGUGACAUUAGUUAGAUCAAGCUCGACUAAGGCAAUAUCCAAUAUGCCUAUUAGAGAAACAGUUUCAAGAUCAAAUGGAAUGGUUGCUGAUGUCUUUGAGAGAACGCCGAAAAUGUCUGUAUACUUACUGGCAUUUAUAGUUGGUGAUUUAGAAUUUAUUGAGAAAACGACAUCCAAAAACAUUCGGUACAGGACCUGGUCAACUCUAGGAAAAACUGACCAAGCUCAGUAUGCUUUAGAAACUGGAGUUAAAAUCAUUACAUAUUUCAGUGAUUUUUUUGAAGUUCCAUUUCCAUUGCCGAAACAAGAUAUGGUUGCUAUUCCUGAUUUUUCUGCUGGUGCAAUGGAGAACUGGGGACUUAUUAUAUAUCGUGAAACAGCUAUGUUGUAUAAACCAGGAGUAUCAUCUGAAGGGAACAAACAAAGAGUAGCUGUUGUUGUUUCUCAUGAACUGGCUCAUCAGUGGUUUGGAAAUCUGGUAACACCUUCUUGGUGGGAUGAUCUGUGGUUAAAUGAAGGUUUUGCUAGUUUUGUAGAAUACCUCGGAGUUGAUCAUGUUCACCCAGACUGGAAAAUGUUUGACCAGUUUGUAGUCGAAGAUCUCCAAGAUGUGUUCGAUUUUGAUGGUUUAACGACGUCACAUCCAGUGUAUGUUCCAGUAGGACAUCCGGAUGAAAUUAAUGAGAUCUUUGACCGAAUUUCAUAUGCUAAGGGAGCUUCUAUUAUCAGAAUGAUGAGAUUUUUUCUUGGUGAUGAAACUUUCCGUUUGGGUUUGAAGAGAUAUUUAAAUAGUAGAAAAUUUGAUGCAGCCUUCCAUGAUGAUUUGUGGUCUUCUUUAACACAGCAAGCUACAGCUGAUAGUAAAAAUAUUGAUGUUAAAAAGAUAAUGGAUACGUGGACAUUACAAAUGAACUACCCAGUGGUUAAAGUUACAAAACAAGGAGCUAGUCGCCUACGUCUAACACAACAACGGUAUCUCCGAGAUCCAACCGCCACAGAUCCCAUGAAGUAUACGUCCAAAUUUGGCUAUAAAUGGACCAUACCGUUUACUUACACCUCCAGUAAUGUAAGAGAUUUUAACCAGACUGAUGCUGACGUGGUAUGGUUUUAUAAAGAGGAUGACAAUCUGAAUAUCGAUGCAAGUAAUCUACCAACUGGUGAAAAUAGUUGGAUAUUAGCAAAUGUACAGCAAUAUGGUUUCUACAGAGUCAACUAUGAUGAAAGUAAUUGGAUGGCUUUGAUAAAUCAACUUAAAACUGAUCAUACAGUAAUACACCCCAUUAACAGAGCUCAGAUUAUCAAUGAUGCUUGGAGCUUAGCUGCGGCUGGACAUAUCAAUAUGAGUAUUGCUUUACAAACAGUAGAAUAUCUGGGAAAGGAAAUGGAAUUUGUACCACGUCGUGCAGCCAAUAGAGAAUUGGAAAAUGUUCAGCGAAUGUUAUCUAAAUCAGAUAUAUAUGGUGCCUGGAAAGAAUUUAUUAUUAGCCGUGUCAAGGUUCCAUUUGACAUCCUAACUAUGGAUAACACAAAUGCUCCACAUCUCCAGUCAUAUCUGCGGUCAGAAGUAGUUUCUGUAGCUUGUGAUUACGAUUACCAACCAUGUGUUACUAAUGCUACCUUACUCUUUAAACAAUGGAUGAACAACCCAAGUAAUAAUCCAAUUGAUCCUGGGCUAAAAACACAAGUUUACUGUACUGCUGUCCAAUAUGGUGGAAUUGCUGAGUGGAAUUUUGCUUUUAAUCAGUAUAAGACGUCGAACGUUGCUGCUGAACAGUCCAGGUUAUUACGUGCUUUGGCCUGCACCAGAGAAAUGUGGUUGUUAAACAGAUAUUUGACCAAAGCUGUGAAUCAAGAUGAAAUCAGAAAACAAGAUUCUCUGUCUAUCAUUAUUUAUGUUUCAUCACAUACGAUAUCUAGAGAUCUGACUUGGAACUUCGUCAGAGAAAAUUGGAAAAAAAUAUCAGAUGACUUCGCAGUAUCAUUAUUCCAGUUUACUAGAAUGAUAGGAAGGGUAACUGAAGCUUUUAAUACUGAGUUUGACUUAAAACAAUUGGAAGCAUUUGUAAAAUCUCAACCUUAUCUAGGUUCUGGCCAAAGAGCAUUCGAACAAGCAGUAGAGAAAACCAAAUCCAAUAUCAAAUGGAUGAAGAACAACUAUGGAACCAUUAAAUCCUGGUUAUCAAGCUUAAAUUUUAAAUAAUGUUCCCAUGUUAUAUAUUUGAAGCUUUAAUAAUAACUAAUAUGUAGUAAUAAUCCAAGAGCCACAAUCAGUUCGCUUUGUAGAUAUAUUAGAAAUUAAAUAAAUACCCAUAGGUGAAAUCCUACACUCAAAUGAAAAAACUCGAAAAAUAUCAUUCUAAAUUGAAUGAAAAUUGGUUUCCAAUGUGUUUAAAAAUUCAAAUGAAAAUUUGGUUCCAAUGUGUUAAAAAAUUUGAAUGAAAAUUGAGUUCCGAUGUAUUUAAAAAUUAAAAUUAAAAUUGGGUUCCAAUGUGUUUAAAAAUUAAAAUCAAAAUUGAGUUCCAAUGUGUUAAAAAAUUCAAAUGAAAAUUGAGUUCUCAUGUGUUUAAAUAUUCAAAUGAUAAUUGGGUUCCAAUGUGUUAAAAAAUUCAAAUGAAAAUUGAGCUCCAAUGUGUUAAAAAAUUUGAAUGAAAAUUGAGCUCCAAUGUGUUAAAAAAUUUGAAUGAAAAUUGAGCUCCAAUGUGUUAAAAAUUUUGAAUGAAAAUUGAGCUCCAAUGUGUUAAAAAAUUUGAAUGAAAAUUGGGUUCCUAUGUGUUUAAAAAUUCAAAUGAAAAUUGGGUUCUCAUGUGUUUAAAAAUUCAAAUGAAAAUUGAGCUCCAAUGUGUUAAAAAAUUUGAAUGAAAAUUGAGCUCCAAUGUGUUAAAAAAUUUGAUGAAAAUUGAGUUCUCAUGUGUUUAAAUAUUCAAAUGAAAAGGGAGUUUAACAAUGCCAUUGAGUUCAGCAUUAAACUUAAACAAAGACCCAAAAAAGUCAAAACUAAUGGCAAAUAAAAUUUGAUUUAUUCAAAAAAACAAACAUAUCUUAAAUGAAUUUCAAUGGGCGAUUGUUGAAACAGCGUGUUUGAUUAAAGUUAGUAAUUUUCAGAUUUUAAAUAUAAUUAUAUCAUUUUAAAGAUGUAUUAUAAUUUUAUAGUAGAUUUUUUACUUCAUAUUUUAUAUUCAUUUUGUAAAUAUACAAUGUGUUUUAUAUUAAACAAAAA